AUGAAUACUACUGAAACACAUAAAACAACGACAUCAAUUUUAAAAACUCCAAGUCAAGAUGCACAAGGGCGUUGGUAUGAAACACUUUCACCAACACAAGUCUUGACUGGCCAACAAGAACAACAACUACGAGAAGAACAUGAUCAAGAGAAAAAGAAAAAAAGGUACCGUGGUAAUCGAAAAGCACAACGUCUACGCCGACGACUUCGUCAACAAGGUAUAGAUCCAGAUACAAUUACAGAAUUAGUUAAUCAAAAAAUGAAGCCUCAACAACAACAACAGGAUGAAGCAAUAGAAAAUGAUCAAAUUCCACAAUCGACACAACAUAAAGAUAAAUAUGAUAAUAGUACAGUAAAAAAAUCAAUAAAACGUAAAAGAAAUGAAACAUCAGCGAAUAUAAUUGAUAAAUCUUUAAGUCAAUUAUCUAUUUCUCAAUCAAUAUCAAAAAAACAAAAGAUGGAAAAUAAUGAAAUUGAACAAGUAAUAACAAAUGGAACAUCAGAAACGAAACAUUCAAAAUCUAAAAAAGAAACUAAACAUAAAAAUGAUUCUUCUUAUAUACCUGAUUAUUUAAAAGUAUCAAAUCGUAUAUUUAAAAAAAUGUUAAUUAGUUCAUUAGAAGGUGCUAAGAAAAUUGUUAAAAGAUUAAAUUCAAAAGAUAAAAUUAAUUAUAUUCGUCAAUAUGCUCGUUUAAUUCAUCGUUUAUUCUAUGUACAAUUACAAGAAAGUCAAUGGAAACAUUAUUAUGAUAUUGGUAUACAAGAAAAUAUUUGGUCAGGACGUGUAUCAAAAAAAUGGGCUGCUAUGAAUAGUAUGAAUUAUACUUAUGGUCGAUCAAAAACAUUAAUUAUACAACGUUUAAAAACUAUUGCACGACAACUUCAACAAGCAUCACAAGCAUUACAAGAUUUUUGUAAUCAACCAUUACCUCAAUGUCUAUCUGAAAUGGAUCCUCCAUUAGACUUUCCAACAUUAUCAGCAAUGGUUACAGCACUUGUUCGAAAAGGUCAACAUAAAUUAAAACAACAAUUUGAACACAAUAAAAAAAUGUUAAUGUUAGACUCAACUGAUCAUCGUUUAGUACAACAGGCUUAUGAUGUAAAACCAAAUAAACAACAAAUUCGUUCAAUUCGUAAUAUAUGGAAAGCAAUUCAAAAUAAAAAACAAAUGGAAGAACAAAUUCAAAUAUUAAAACAUCGUAUCCAUUCGAAUUGUUUACCACCAGCAUUCAAUCUUCUUGAUUAUACUCUUGACAACAUUAACAAAAUGCUUAACGGAUCAAAACAAUCUUCUACUGAUGAUAAUGAUAACAAACAACAAACAAUAUUAAAUGCACGUCGUUUAAAAAAAAUUGGUCGAUUUAAAUAUGAUUUACUUGAAUUAAGUAUAGCCGCUGGUGAAGACAAAGUACGACAUUGGAGUAAAAUUGCAAAAAAAGAAAAACAAAAAUUAAUAACUAUUACAGAGAAAUUAAAGAAAAAUAAUACAAAUUCUGAUAUGUUUAAACAAUUAAUGGAAGCUAUUGAAGCACUCUUUUUUCGACGAAGCUCCGGCGUCACAAAACGAUACAAUGAACAACGAUGGCGUCGGAGCCAGUCAAAAUUAAAUGUUCGAAAUCAUCCAAAUAUAUUUCUUCGUUUAUAUUUUGCCAAUACUCUUAUACCAUUAUCCAAUGAACAAUUGAUUAUUAUUAAUAAAGGUUUAAAAUUUAUUCCACCUUGCCAAAGUCGAUUCUUUCACAAAGAACCUAUUAAAAAAAUUAUUGAUGAAGAAUACAAGCGACUUCAUACUGAAAAUUGUAAAAAUCUUACUAAGUAUACGUUUAAAACAGAUGAUACACGUGCAACUGAAUAUUUUUCUGAAGUUAAACAUUUACUUGAACAACUAUAUACCAAACCAUUACCUAAAAAACUCAAAGCCAAUGCUCGAUAUAUUUAUAAAAUGAUUACAUCAAUGCAACGAAAAUUACGUAAAGCAAAUAUUACUGUUGGACAAACUGAUAAAAGUAAAUUAUUUUUCUUUAUUGAUACACAAGAAUAUGAAGAAAAAGUUAAAAAUUAUAUGAAUAAAACUAAUGCGUAUCAAGAAAUUACGAGUGGUAUUUGCCCGUUAGCUGAUGAUUUACAUUUGGUAACAUUAUUACUUGAUCAUUUACGCGAAAGGAAGGAAAUUAUCGAUGAACAAUACAAACAAAUGUAUCCAAAUUUACAAACAUUAGAAUUAGCUCAUAUUUACUUCAAUCUUAAAGUACAUAAGCCUGAAAUACCAGUUCGACCUAUUAUUGCUUCCAUCAAUGCACCAGCUAGACUAAUAUCUAGUUUUCUUGAUAAACUUCUCACUCCAAUUUAUAAUUACGUAACAAAAACUAUUACAUUUAUCAAUAGUACAGAUCUUAUUCGAAGAAUAAAAGAAUAUGAAGAGAAAGGUUAUCUCACUUCAACAACAUUAUUUGUUAUAUUUGACGUGACUGAUUUAUAUACGAUGAUACCACGUGAUGGUGCUAUUGCUGCUUUAAGACGAUUUUGUCAAAAAUAUUCAAUUAAUGGAAAAAUUGGAAAUCUCAAAAUAGAUACUAUCAUUAAAUUAGCAUCUGUUGUUUUAGAUACAAAUUCAUUUGCGUAUAAAGAUAAAUAUUAUCGACAAAUUAAAGGUGGUGCUAUGGGUUCACCAUUUACUAUGGUUUUAGCCAAUAUUUAUAUGUUAGAAUGGGAACAAAAAUUAAUUCAACAUCAACAUCGACAUCAUGAAAUUUAUGGAAGAUAUAUUGACGAUGUAUUUAUGACCACAAAUUUAUCAAAAGAAGAAAUUUUACAACAACUUAAUGAAACAAUGAAAACAGAUCCAAAUAUUAAAAUUACUAUUACAAUAAGUCAAACAUUAGAAUAUCUUGAUGCAACUAUUGAAAAUAAUAAUGGAAAUUUAAAAACAUCAAUUUAUCAUAAAUCAACUUCAGAACCCUAUGUUCUACCUUAUGAAUCUGAUCAUCCAAGACAUAUUCAUGCCAAUAUUAUUAAUACUGCAUUAGUCCGAGCAGCACGUAUCUGUUCAACGGUAGAAGAUUUUGAUAUGGAACGAUUAAGUAUAGAAAUGAAAUUAUUAGUCAAUGGAUAUCCACCAAAAUUUAUCCAAUAUCACUUCAAAAAAUUUUUUCUUCAAUAUGAUGCGAUAAAUAUAUGGAUUGAAUUAAAUAG